CUCGUGUUAAAUGUUACCUUGAUUCGGGGUUAGGUACCUAUCAACCACGCUGCGAGGAGGCGAAACGACUGGCGGCUGCGAGGCGGGGGAGGUGCCAAGUUAGGCUUGCCGCAGAAUGUACGUAGAUACCUAAGUUUGGUCGGGCCGGGAGAGGGGAUCUAUCUGUGUUCUCGUCGCCCCUCGACGUCAUACACAUCCAUUGGUCCCGCCUAGCCUAACGCCCGAAGCUGUCAAGAUUUUCUCUUCUUCUCCUCAUCUGCCCGGGUAGUUGGGCAGCGCGCCCAUCCUCAUGCCAUCUCGAAUACGCAAAUAAGGCAGACAUGAAAGACGGGUGCGAUAGGAGGCAUGGGGCUUUAAGUAGUGCCCGUACCGACGUCCCCCAUUCAUCAUUUCCCUCCGUUUUCCCUUCCCUCCUCCCCCUAUACCCCUCCAUACCAGCAUCAUACCAGAAGAAAAGAGCUAGCUCCUCUCAACCAUAGCUUAUUUAUCGGAGAGUUGGGGCCAUCUCCAACCUGCCCAUCUUAUCUCUUGCCUACCUCUCUCUCCCUGUCCACCCACCCUUCUCUUCAGAGCAGCUGUGCCGGCCGGCUCUGUAUCAUAAUCCAAGACCCUCCCAUCUCUAGUACCUCGGGUCGAUCCACUAACACUUUUCAUUUCCCCUCCCCUCCUGAAUUGGGUUGGAUUUCGAGAGGUAGCCGGCCUGCCCCGCCAUCCAGCGAGAAACAACCAUGACUGCCGUAGUCAGCAGUUCCGCCAGCGGUCUCGGCGCCGUUUCCGCGCCGGCGGUACCCAACGACGGCACUGGCGUCCUUAAAUUAGACCCGUGGCUGUCGCCGUUCGAAGGCGUUCUAAGGCGCCGAUAUGCCAAAGCCCAGGAGUGGAUCAAGACGAUCCAAGACACCGAGGGAGGGCUCGAGAAGUUUUCAAGGGGCGCCGAGACUUUCGGCCUGAACGUCAACAAGAAUAAUGAUAUUGUCUAUCGAGAAUGGGCCCCGGGCGUCACCGAGGCUUUCUUGAUCGGCGACUUUAACGGGUGGAAUAGGGGCGCCCACCCUAUGAAGAGGGGAGAGUUUGGUGUCUGGGAAAUCGUCCUGCCUGCCAAGGACGGGCAGCCAGCCAUCUCUCACAAUUCCAAGAUCAAGAUUUCUAUGACGACGCCGAACAACGAGCGAAUUGACCGCUUGCCCGCCUGGAUCACGUAUGUCACCCAGGAUCUCUCUGUGUCGCCUGCCUACGAUGCACGCUUCUGGAACCCUCCCGAGUCAGAGAGGUACACCUUCAAGAAUUCCCGACCCAAGAAACCCCUGAGUGCCCGCGUAUACGAGGCGCACGUAGGUAUUUCCUCGCCGGAGCUGCGGGUCACAACUUUCAAGGAGUUCACCAGGACCAUGUUGCCUCGGAUAAAGGACCUCGGAUAUAACGUCAUCCAACUCAUGGCUAUCAUGGAACACGCCUACUACGCUAGCUUCGGCUACCAAGUGAACAAUUUCUUUGCUGCAAGCAGCCGAUAUGGUACGCCCGAGGAUCUUAAGGAACUUAUCGAUACCGCCCAUGGCCUGGGCUUGGUGGUUCUCUUAGAUGUCGUCCAUAGCCACGCUUCCAAGAAUGUGCUCGACGGACUGAAUGAAUUCGACGGUACCGACCAUCUCUACUUUCACGGAGGCGGGAGGGGAAGGCAUGACCUGUGGGAUAGUCGACUAUUCAACUACGGACACCACGAGGUCAUGCGAUUUUUGCUCAGCAAUUUGAGGUUCUGGAUGGACGAGUACCAAUUUGAUGGCUUUCGCUUCGACGGAGUCACCAGCAUGCUCUACACCCACCACGGUAUUGGGACUGGUUUCUCCGGUGGAUAUCAUGAAUAUUUCGGCUCCGAGGUUGACGAGGAGGCCGUAGUCUACCUAAUGAUCGCGAACGAAAUGCUUCACGACCUCUACCCCGAGACUAUCACCAUUGCGGAAGAUGUCUCUGGAAUGCCUGCGCUCUGCUUACCGCUGUCCCUUGGCGGCGUCGGAUUCGACUACCGACUGGCGAUGGCUAUCCCAGAUAUGUGGAUUAAAAUCCUCAAGGAGAAGAAGGACGAGGAUUGGGACAUGGCUAAUAUCUGUUGGACUCUCACCAACAGGCGCCACGGCGAAAAGACAAUCGCCUACUGUGAGAGCCACGACCAAGCUCUCGUGGGCGAUAAGACCCUGCUCAUGCAUCUCUGCGAUGCCGAACUCUACACCAAUAUGUCGGUGCUCUCGCCGCUUACACCUGUUAUAUCGCGGGGAAUAGCACUGCACAAGAUGAUACGCCUGCUCACACACGGGCUGGGCGGCGAGGGUUAUCUUAACUUCGAGGGCAACGAGUUCGGGCAUCCUGAGUGGCUCGACUUUCCGCGUGAGGGCAAUCAGAACUCGUUCUGGUACGCGCGGCGCCAGCUCAACCUUACUGAGGACAACCUGCUCCGUUACAAGGAUCUCAAUGAAUUCGACCGGCGUAUGAAUGCCGCCGAGGAUCACUACGGCUGGUUACACGCGGCCCAAGCUCACAUUAGCCUCAAGAACGAGAAUGACAAAACCAUCGUAUUCGAGCGCGCCGGUGUGGUGUUCAUAUUUAACUUCCACCCCUCUAAGAGCUUCGCCGACUACCGUAUCGGCGUCGAAGUCGCGGGCACGUAUAAAGUUGUUUUGGACACGGACGCGAAAGAGGUUGGUGGCUUUGCACGCGUUGAUCCAGACGUACGGUUCUUUACCACUCCAAUGGCGUGGAACGGCCGCAAGAAUUGGACGCACGUGUACAUUCCUAGCCGCACUGCGCUGGUAAGUCUUUGCCCACCCUUCACGUGCAGUUUACUCUCCGUGGGGUUGCUCGAGUCUAACGAGACAUAACAGGUACUGGCUCUAGAGUAGGGAUGAAUUAAUUGAUGUUUCAGCUGCACCCCCGAGGUCAUUGCAGAAGUUAGAAAAAAGAAAGAGAGGGAUCAAUGGCCUCCGAGCGUUGUUGGGUUGAGAGACGUCUCAGGGACGGUAAGAAGAAAACAAUCGGGCUGGCCCCUGCUAUAUAUGCAAGAAUGCUGAGUACACUUAUAUACCAAGUAUUCGUGAUAUCACGAUGGUCGGAUGUUCUCUUCAUUUCUCUACUCCUAGGCCGCGUUUCAAAACGCCACUCUCUAUAUACACGUGCAUGGGUAAUACACAUUUAGAUAUCGACCCCUAGUAGCCUAGAACUCUCUAUUCCACGCCUCCGCCUACCCCAUUAGUUCUCCUAUGCUAUCUACUCAACAAGCCACUCCUCAACCUCAACUCCUAUACUCCUCCCCACGCUGCGGACAACCUCCCACCCCACGCCCACCCUCCACUUCCCGCCAC